AGAAAAAAAGGGGAAAAAUAUAACUGCAUCUUCAACUCGAGCUUCCAUUUUGGCUUUGGUGCUGAACGAGUCGAGUUUUUGCGAGCGCUCUGCCACACCCAAAUUCCCUCAUUUCCCCAACUGCUUUGUAGCUCUCUAUAGCCGCCGCCACCACCACCACCACCGCCGCCGCCCUCGUCGUUCGUUCGACAAGAAGAAGGAGGAGGAGAAAGAAGAAGAAUGGAGUCUACCGAGUCUUCAUAUGUCUCGUCUCCGGAGGCUCCUGCCAAGCGAUCUCCACCGCCGCCAAAAUCGCCAAACUCGGAUAAUAUGGAAAAGGCUACAUACAUAAGGUUUCUUGUAUCAAAUGCUGCGGCUGGGUCCGUAAUUGGGAAAGGUGGUUCAACAAUUAAUGAUUUCCAGUCACAGUCUGGUGCACGAAUCCAGUUGUCACGGAACCAUGAAUUUUUUCCUGGAACGACUGAUAGGAUCAUUAUGGUAUCUGGAUCAAUUAAUGAAAUACUGAAGGCCAUGGAACUCGUUCUUGCUAAGUUGUUGAGUGAGCUUCAUGCUGAAGAAGGAGACGAUGUUGAACCAAGAACAAAAGUGAGACUAAUUGUUCCCCAUAGUUCAUGUGGAGCUAUAAUUGGCAAAGGAGGAUCGACUAUAAAGUCAUUCAUUGAGGACUCUCAAGCUGGCAUUAAGAUAUCCCCUCAGGAUAACAACUAUAUGGCAUCCACCGAUAGACUGGUGACACUGUCUGGAACCAUAGAGGAACAGAUGCGAGCUACUGACUUAAUUGUCUCAAAGCUAUCUGAAGACCCACACUACACCCAGUCAAUGAAUUAUCCAUUUUCAUAUCCGACAUCGUUCAACGCUAUGAACUAUGGAUCCAAUGGAGGAGGAACUGGAGGGAGGUUUCAAAACAACAAGCCUGACACAAGAUCUUCUGAAAUUGUUCAGGAGGAACGAAACAACUCCUUGACUAUUGGGGUUUCAGAUGGCCACAUCGGAUUAGUUGUUGGUCGUGGUGGAAGAAACAUACUGGAAAUUAGUCAGGCUAGUGGAGCCAGAAUUAAGAUAUCUGAUAGGGGUGAUUUCAUGUCCGGAACCACUGACAGGAAAGUAACAAUUACGGGGUCACAGAGGGCAAUCCGUGCUGCUGAAUCGAUGAUUCUACAAAAAGUAGCAUAUGCUUCUGAGAGGGUUCUAGCACAGUGAGUAGAAUGUCGAAAGAUCUGAAUGUUUGUAGUAGAAGCAAGGCCGGGAGAUUUUCAUUUUUACUAUUGAGGGAGAGAACAUAUGGAUGAUGGCAAUGGGCGGAGAGACAUAUAAUUGAGAUUUCAUGAAGCUUUGAAAGGAGAGAUAUUUGAUGAUGCCAUCAAAUUUGAUUGAGCCAAAUAGAAAGAUUAGCAGUUUCAAAUUUGUUUAUACAAUUGUAGCCCUUGAAUUUAUUUUUAUAUUUAUGUUUGAGCUUUUGUCUUCUAUUAAAUUGUUUGAACAUCCCUUCUCUUCAAGAACAGAUUGUAGCUUUUUAGGAUGUCCCUUAUUUUGACGAUUUAUUGGUGAAUUCUUUAGUUGAGUUUUUCUUUUUCCCUUC